CACGGGUGUGGUCUACACCGCUGGCUCCCUGGGCAGACGAGCUCCCGGGACACAGGCAGCUGUCGCCUUGAAGGAACGCGUUUCCUUGUUGCUGAAAGCCCUGUCUGAAGUCCUUUCUCGCAGGAGUAGUCCCGAGAGGCAGUCCCCGGAGGGACGGCGCCGGCCGGCACCGGGCAGGCUCUGUGCGCACCUGCUGGUCUCUCCUCCUCGGUGUCGCCCCCAGGACGCUCUGUGCGCACCUGCUGGUCUCUCCUCCUCGGUGUCGCCCCCAGGACGCUCUGUGCGCACCUGCUGGUCUUUCCCCCUCGGUGUCGCCCCCAGGACGCUCUGUGCGCACCUGCUGGUCUCUCCUCCUGAGUGCGUGUCCGUGUGCCUCCCGCCGCUCGGCGCCGGCUCUCCCUCCUCCUGGCCCUGGCCUUUGCUGCCGGCCCUCGGCGUGCCCAGGGAAGCGCUGUGCAGAAUGUCAUCGGAAGAGGACAAAUACUCACUCCCGGCUAUGCAGAGUAACUCGGACGCGGGCAGCUCCGUCUCCACAGAACUCCAGGAGGAGUACGAGGAGCUGCUGCGCUACGCCAUCAUGAAUCCCCCGGCCGACUCCGGCGCGUCUGCGGCGUCUCACCCCCGGGCAGAAGGGGCGCCCGAUACGAGAAUUUCUGCUGCAGCUGGUGGCAUCCUUCAUCAUCAAGGAAACAACCCUGUGAUAAGAGAAACUGGGAUGGAAGUUGGAAAAAAGAGUGAUUUAAAUAACUCAAAGACAGACGGGUCGUCACCGGCUCUGUCGCCAAGGAAGGCAUCUCACCCGGUCAUGGACUUUUUCAGUUCGCAUCUCCUGGGCGACUCUUCCUCCCCAGGGUCUACUUCUAGUCACACGGAAGCCCGGGAAGUCGUCGUGGGCGACUUCCUUGUUUCGGAGGAAAACCUGCAGAAGGUGGAAAGCGUGCUGGAUCUCUGGAGCUCGGGUCUCAAGACAAAUAUCAUUUCUGAACUGAGUAAAUGGAGACUUAAUUUUAUCGACUGGCACCGAAUGGAAAUGAAAAAAGAAAAAGAAAAGCAUGCGGCCCAUUUGAAACAACUGAACGACCAGAUCAGCGACCUGCAGGAGCUGCACAGAGCCUUUGAAAUCUCCCUCGGGAGGAAAGAUGAGGUGAUUUCUAGCUUGUCGCACGCCGUGGGCAAGCAAAAGGAGCGCAUCGAGCUGAUGAGAACCUUCUUCCACUGGCGCAUCGGGCACGUCAAGUCCAGGCAGGACGUCUAUGAAGGCAAGCUGGCCGACCAGUACUUCCAGAGAAGCCUGCUGAAGAAGGUGUGGCGGGGCUGGCGCUGCGUGGUGCAGAAGCGGUGGAAAGACGUGGUGGAGCGAGCCUGCCAGGCAAGAGCGGAGGAAGUCUGUGUCCAGAUCUCCAGUGACUAUGAGGCCAGAAUCGCGAUGUUAUCUGGAGCUUUGGAAAAUGCGAAAGCUGAGAUUCAGAGAAUGCAGCAGGAAAAGGAGCACUUUGAAGACUCCAUGAAAAAAGCCUUCAUGAGGGGGGUGUGCGCGCUAAACCUCGAGGCCAUGACCAUAUUUCAGAGCAGAGGCGAUGCAGGAACAGACUGCGCCAGUACCAGAAGGGAGGAGCACGGACCUGGCGCCCCAGGAAAAGAGCCUGCCGCCCACCUGGACCCCUCGGCCCCACCGACGCCCUCCACGGUGACACUGCCCCUGCUGCUGUCCCCCGCAGGGGCAGGGGCUGGAGCUACCAGCAUCGCUGCCAUCCCCUCUGCUGUUUCCACGACUUCUGCUGGGGCUGCUUCCGCAUCCUCUGCCUACGUCCCCGUUUCUGUUCUCGGCACAGGACCGGCCGCUGCCGCCGCGCCGGAAGAGUACGUGCCGAGAGUCGUAACUUCCGCACAGCAGAAGGCAGGGAGGACGAUCACGGCCCGGAUCACGGGGAAGUGCGACUUCGCCUCCAAGAACAGAGUCAACAGCAGCUUGGCUAUCAUGGGUGUUUCUCCGCCCGUGAGCUCCGUGGUCGUGGAGAAGCACCACCCAGUCACAGUGCAGACCAUUCCUCAAGCCACUGCAGCAAAGUACCCUCGGGCCCUUCCUCCCGAGAGCAGCUCAUCGGCUUCCAGGUCUCUGGGGACCAGAUCCACCCACGCCCACUCCCUCGGCAGCGUGCAGUCCAUCAAAGUGGUCGACUGACGGCAACGCGUGCCACGGAGAGCGGCUCGCUCCUCUGCCCUCACUGAGGGUUGGCAGUCUUGGGUUGUUAACUUUCCGAAUUCUUAGAACAUCACAGAUGCAUCAUGGUCAGCUUCCAGAAUUACAAGAGACUUUUUCAAGCGACAUCAUCCUUUGUAACAAUAUGUAGAAAUUAUUUUAAUGUUAUUUUUUAUUUAAGAAAUUAAGUAAAACUUUUAAAAAUUAAAACAAGCUAUUUUUUAUUACGUUCAA